UAAGCGACGGCCACACUGCAAUGCCAGCUUUAUUUGUUGGUCAAUUUGUUUAAAACUAUUAAAAACCGUGAAAAGAGCUCCUACGUCAGAAAACGUCAUCUGCAGAAGCCUGGCUGGAUGGCGGAUAAACCGGUCGCCAUGGAGAGCACCGUGCCAGAGGCCAAGUACCAGAAACUGGCCACAGAAUACUCAAAGCUAAGGGCUCAAGCGACUGUGCUAAGGAAAGCGGUCCUGGAGGAGCAGUCCAAGGAGGCCAGUCUGCGGGAGCAACUCCAGCAGUAUGCGACCUCAUUGCGGCGAACAGAGCAGGAGGUGGACUCCCUGGGCUUCCGUAACAAGCAGCUGGAGUCCCGAGUGUCUCAGCUGCAACAGGAAAUCUCAGUGCACGAGCAGCCCAAGAAAAAGGACAAAGAUGCCGGGGGUAAGAAGGGAUUGCAGGGCAACAACAGGCAGGAAGCCGAUGUUCCAUCGGAUUCCGCUCAAGAAGCCCUCAUCUUCGAGGAACUGCAAAAGAAAAUCAUGGAGAAUGCGCAGCUGACGUCAUCGAUUGACGACAAGCAACGAGAUCUUCUGCUGCAUACAGAGCGCAUUGCUUCGUUGGAACAAAAACUAGAAAAGCGCAUCAGCGAUCAGAACGAGCUGGAAAAGCGACUCAGGAAGGAGGUGGAAACGCUGCAGCACAGGAAUAGCGAGCUGGAAACCAAGCUAGUGGAUGCGGCCAGCAUGUUGGGUAGCGAGGAUGCUUUGAGCGCUACCGGAAGCGAUAAUACGCCUCUCCACAAUCUUCAGCAGCAAUCUAAUAGCAAUCAACAUACUUAUGAGGAUCGAAUUGCUCUUCUCGAGAAGGAGGCGGCACAUUGGAGGGCCCAAUUUGAGGUGGCCAAGCUGCACCAGGCGUUUGUCUCGAACCCCAGCAAAGAUCUCAGCACGUGCAGCUGCAGUACGGCUGCUGCGGGGGUUACAGUUCGACCAGCAGAGACGGAGACCAAGGGCAAUCAACGGGUGCGAGACUCGCUACAGGAUCCACCUGAACCGCCAUCGAAGGAGCAGCUCAUAUACAGUGUAUUUAGCAAGAAAUUUGAGGAUUUGUUGCGACUCAAAGUGCAGGCGGAGUCCAAAUUGCGUUCAUACGAACUGGAGGUGCAGCACCUUCAAAACUGCCUGGAGAAUGCCACGCACGAACUGAAGGCCAAGGACGAUCAGCUGGGCAGUUUGGGAGGAGCGCUACAAAUGCUCGAAGAGGAACUGACUACGACGCGUAUUAACUAUGAGGAGCAGAUUAGUGUGCUUACGGAACAGGUCAUCAGUUUAAGCGACCAACUAGCCGCUUGCAAAUGAGCAUGGAGUAAGGAGCAAGUGACGCCCUGCUUGCUGCUUUACUGUAUAUUGUUGUAAAAUAACUAACUGGGACUCCCGCUCCCUCCUGUUUUGUUAUUGUCCGCCCUCAACGUGUAUAUAACUGAACAUUAUAUGUGUAUUAAAUAAUUUUCUCUAAAGUUUAAA